GUGCAGAAAACAAAAACAUUGAACGACUAACAAAAAACUAAAUUAAAACGUUUCGUUAACGCAAAAAAGUGCAACCGGCGGGUGGUCCUCGUAAAAGAGCGGAAACGUAAGCACAAAUAUAAAAUCUGAAGAGACGGUCUCUUCUUUUUUUCCUGUCUAUGGACAAAUGGUUCGGUGAGAAACGUUUGUGGCUAUUUGGUAAUCAUCUGCCACUGUUACCACGCAGCAAUGUCUACGGGAUCCAAUUAAGUCGUUUGGGUGAAGGUUCCUACGGCAUAGUUUACAAAUGUCGCGAUCGUGAAACUGGCCAGUUAGUGGCUGUAAAACGAUUUGUUGAAUCAGAAGAUGAUCCCGCCAUACGUAAAAUAGCUUUGCGGGAAAUUCGUUUAUUAAAAAAUCUUAAACAUCCAAAUCUAGUAUCGUUAUUGGAGGUAUUUCGUCGUAAGCGACGUUUACAUUUAGUUUUUGAAUUUUGCGAGUUGACAGUAUUACAUGAAUUGGAACGUCAUCCUCAAGGCUGUCCCGAACACUUAACAAAACAAAUCGUUUAUCAGACAUUACAGGGUGUGGCGUAUUGUCACAAGCAAGGCUGUCUGCAUCGUGAUAUUAAACCAGAGAAUAUACUGUUGACAGCUCAGGGACAAGUGAAAUUGUGUGAUUUCGGUUUUGCCCGAAUGUUAAGUCCUGGUGAAAAUUAUACCGACUAUGUAGCGACACGUUGGUAUCGCGCUCCCGAAUUAUUGGUCGGCGAUACACAAUACGGAACACCGGUAGAUGUUUGGGCGAUUGGUUGCCUGUUUGCCGAACUGAUACGCGGCGAAGCAUUGUGGCCGGGACGCAGCGAUGUGGAUCAAUUAUAUUUGAUACGUAAAACAUUAGGUGACUUACUCCCAAGGCAUGUACAAAUAUUCGGUCAAAAUGAAUAUUUUAAGGGCAUAACACUGCCAGUACCACCCACCUUAGAGUCAUUAGAGGAGAAGAUGCCAGCCAAAGCUUUACAAAAUCCAUUAACUACAGAUUUUUUAAAGAAAUGCCUCGACAAGGAUCCGAUUAAACGUUGGCCCUGCGAUAAACUCAUAAAACAUUCAUAUUUUGAUGAUUACAUUGCCAAACAGCGCGAAUUGGACGGCAUUAGUAGCAUAGAGAUGGCUAAUCUAAGACAACAACAACAACAACAUUUGCUACAACAACAUAUGUUGCAACAACAGCAACAACAAGCACAGCAAGUGGCACAAUCUCUGCUUCAAUCUUCGCUCGCAGUAGCAAAUACAAGCAGAGAUAAAUCAAAGACUUCAAAUACUUCGUUACCAUUGUUGAGUACCCAACAUCAGCAGCAUCAGGACUAUGUGAAAUUGCAGCCCCUCAACAAGAAUACAACAUUAUACCAACGCAGUGAACAUCAUCUGCCGACAAUAUAAAAAAAUCGAUUACAUUCUUAGUUAAUUCAACAAAAAAUUA